CAGAACCACCCCAGCUUGUAGAAUCUUCAGCAUGACCAAAGAAUUGCCCAAGAGACAUGUCUUAAUUAUAGACAACUACGACUCGUUCACUUGGAACCUCUACCAGUAUUUAUACCAGUCACCAUUGUGUGGGAAGGUAGACGUUUUCAGAAACGACAAGAUCGACAUUUCUACCAUUGAAAAUCAAGUCAAGCCCGACAUUAUCCUCAUUUCUCCAGGACCGGGCCAUCCUACUAGCGAUUCAGGAAUCUCUCGAGACGUCAUCAAACACUUCAUGGGAAAACUUCCUAUCUUUGGCAUCUGUAUGGGUCAGCAAUGUAUGAUUGAUGCGUUUGGUGGAGAAGUGACUUAUGCCGGAGAAAUUGUCCACGGCAAGACAACUACCAUUAAACAUGACGGUAGAGGAAUGUUUGACACCGUUCCACAAUCAGUUGCUGUCACGAGGUACCAUUCAUUGGCUGGAACCCAACAGACAUUGCCAGACUGUUUGGAAGUCACAGCACUAACCGAGACUACUCCAGAGAUCAUUAUGGGAGUUAGACACAAGAUUUACACAAUUGAAGGAGUUCAGUUCCACCCAGAAUCCAUUUUGACCGAAUCGGGCCAAAUAAUGAUCAACAACUUGUUGUCUGUCACAGGAGGAACCUGGGACGAGAACAAAGCCAACGGAUCCGGCUUUUCAAAGAAGGAAAAUAUUUUGUCCAAGAUCUACAAGCAACGUCAAAUUGACUACAAGAGAAUUGAGAGCUUGCCAGGAAAAUCACUUGAGCAAUUGGAGAUCUCAUUGGCAUUGAACAUUGCUCCACCCAUAACAGACUUCUACCAGAGAUUGAAGUACACCCAGGACGUGCUCAAGCAAACCAUCAUUUUGUCAGAGUUCAAGCGUGCAUCUCCGUCUAAGGGAGACAUCAAUAUUGAUGCGCAUCCAGGUAAACAGGCAUUGACAUAUGCUACCAAUGGAUGUUCCACCAUAUCGGUGUUGACCGAACCCAAGUGGUUUAAGGGUUCCUUGGAUGACUUGUCAUUGAUCCGUAAGGUUAUCGAUAUUCCAACUACUGAAGGAUACAAGAGACCAGCCGUAUUGAGAAAAGAGUUCAUUUUCAGCAAGUACCAGAUCUUGGAAGCUAGAUUGGCAGGCGCAGAUACUGUGCUAUUAAUAGUGAAGAUGUUGAAUGAUAUCAAGUUAUUACAACAACUAUACGAAUACUCUUUGUCGUUGGGUAUGAUUCCGUUGGUUGAAGUUCAAAACAAGCAAGAAUUGGACCAGGCAGUGAAGUUAACGUACAACGAUGACACCAAGGAGCCAUUGGUGAUCGGUGUCAACAACAGAAACUUAGCUACAUUCGACGUUGAUUUGAAUACCACCAGCUCUUUGGUUGAAUCUUCAAAGAAAAGCCAAAGAAGGGGUGAUGUUCUUGUGUUGGCAUUAUCGGGAAUUACUUCCGUUGAAGACGUUAAGAACUACAAGUACAACGACGGAGUUGACGGCUUUUUGAUUGGCGAAAGUUUGAUGAGAGCAGAAGAAAGGGGAGAGGCAGGCAAGUUCUUGAACGACUUGUGCAAUUGCUAA